AUGGCAGAAGAUCUAGCAAUAGCUACGAGCUCAUCCACCAACAAGCCUCCAUUCUUUGAUGGGACCGAAUAUCCCUACUGGAAGACCCACAUGCAACUAUUCAUUGAGUCCUCAAACUACAAACUGUGGGACAUCAUUGAAAAUGGCAACAUCGUUCACAAAGAUGAUGCUGGAGAACCUAUCAAGAAAGAUCAACUGAUAGAAGCACAACGCAAAGACUAUCAACUUAACUCAAAAGCAAAGUUAUUUCUUCUAUGUGCACUGAGCAAAUCUCAGCUGGACAAAGUUGAUGGACUAGCGACAGCCAAAGAAGUCUGGGAAGCUCUAGGGCUUGCCUAUGAAGGUACAGCGAACGUCAGACAAGAUAAAGUAAGUUUACUUGUGGGUGAAUAUGAGACCUUCAAGAUGAAAGAGAAUGAAAGAAUUGAUGACAUGUUUGGAAGAUUCCAAAUCAUCGUUAAUGGCCUUAGGAAUCUUGAUCGCAAAUAUGAAAGUGUUGAUCAAAUCACAAAGAUUCUAAGAUGCCUUCCUAGGCGAUGGAGACCCGAAGUCACUGCUAUUCAAGAAGCUAAGGACCUUAGCACAUUGAGACUGGAAGAUCUCCUCGGAUCUCUGAAGGUUCAUGAAAUAGAACUUGCCCAUGACGAAGGACUGAAGAAGCAGAAGAACAUUGCUUCCAAAGCUAUUCAAGUAAAGGAACAAUCUGAAGAAGAAGAAUCCUUAGAAGAACUGUCAGAGGAUGAACAAGCUCUCUUCAACAGAAAGUUCAAGAGGAUGUGGAUCAAACAACAAAGAGGAAAAUGUACAUCAAAGAAAGACAACAAACGAGAAUCAAGUCUGAAAAAGAAACCCUUCACACACAAAGGUGAAAGCGGCUUAAGUGCAGACAAAAGCAACAUUACGUGUUUUGAAUGCAAAAAGCCGAGUCACAUCAAGCCAGAUUGUCCAAGACAAGCUAAAAAGUCUAUCAAGAAACCAUACUACAAGAAAAAGAAAGCUUUAGCAGCUGGAUGGGAUGAUUCUGAGGACGGAUCAGAAGACGACGAUGAAGACGAUCAUGAAGAUGCACACUUCGCACUCAUGGAAUCUGCAGACAGUUCAGACGAUGAUGCGGACGAUGAGGUAAAACCCGAAAACCUUAAAGAAGAAUUCAAUGAACUACUUGAACACUCGUAUGCAUUAUCUGAAAAAUACAAAGUUUUGAAGAAACAGUUUGCUAAGUUACAACUAGAACAUGAAAAGGUUUUGACUGAAAGGAACAACAUAGCUAAAGAAAAUACUGCUUUAAAGGAACAAGAUCUUGCUAAGGAAGUAACUGCUUUAAAGAAAAAAGUUAAAGUCUUAAUUGAUGAUUUAUCUACUUUCACCAUUGGUCACGAUAAUCUAGUUAAACUGUGUGGUAACAAUCACGAACGAUAUGUAAAAGUGGAUUAG